AAUUUCCUUUGUAAAAUUCCUAAAACUCAGAACUCGCCGACGAAAAUCGAAGUGUUAUUGAGUAAAGUCGCCGUGGUCAAAACUUCGAAACUGCCUCGGAAUCCUUUGAUCUCUUCACUGGAAAGCUCCUAUCCCUAAUUUUAGGAAGGUUUGAACUGAUUAUAAUGGAAGAAGUUGUGGGUGAUAAUGCAUCCCCUUUGACAGCACUAGCCAAUUGGAGAAAUGACUUUUCAAAAGCUUUCCAGUAUUACUUGGAUAGAUCUGUUCCUCAUAUAACUCGCAGGUGGCUUGGAACGCUCGCUGCUGCUGCAGUUUAUUUCAUGCGUGUUUUUUAUGUACAGGGGUUCUAUGUUGUCUCGUAUGGCCUUGGAAUCUAUAUCCUGAAUUUGCUGACUGGGUUCAUGUCCCCGAAGGAUGAUCCGGAGCUUGAAGCCCUAGAUGGAACUUCAUUGCCAACUAAAGACUCUGAUGAAUUCAGACCCUUCAUUCGUCGUCUGCCUGAAUUCAAGUUCUGGUAUGCAAUAACAAAAGCUUUUUGUGUUGCCUUUUUAAUGACCUUUAUUUCUGUAUUAAACAUCCCAGUUUAUUGGCCCACUUUAUUCUUUUUCUGGGUCUUUCUGUUUUUACUCACAAUGAAACAACAAAUUACACACAUGAUCAAGCACAGAUACAUUCCUUUCAACAUUGGAAAGCAGAUCUAUGCUGGGAAGAAGUCUGCUGAAAGUACGAAGGUUCAUAGGAAAGACUGAGGUUGGAAGUACACCUUCACACUUGUGACAGGAAUCAUGCAGACUUUGUAUUUUAAUUACUAAAUUUCUUGGAUUAUUAAGCUCAAACAUAUUUUUAAUGUCUGUAAUAUGCCAUUUGUUUAAACUUAGACAUGCUUGUAAUAUGCAUGACUUGUUAUUUUGAAUGUGGAAGCGUAGUGUCUAAUUUUCUAAAUGUUGCAUAUCAUGUGAUUAACUUCUGGAAAUGUAUGAUUUUUUAUCUCACAUUUCAAAUUUGGGAUCA